GACAGACAGACAGACAGACAGACAGACGGACAUGACAAUUACAUAAGCCCUGGUUCGGGCUAAAAAUUAAUUCGAGAAUCGAGAGCACGAAAUGUCAUUGACAAUUUUUGUGCGGUUUGUUUCUGGGCGACAGUUUGUGCGACGCACACUGGUUCCAAAUGGUACCAGGGUUUUCGAAAAUUGAAGUUUUUUAGGCGUCGAAGCAAUUGUCGCAACCUUGUAAUUAUUACUAAAGUUGUCAAGCAUUGAUUGACAAGCAACCUUGACUGAAGUCAUGUGGUACGAAAAAGUGUAAAUACUGUGCUCGAAUACCGUGCUCGAAACAAGGGGAAAUGACCUUGGGUCAUUUUAAUGAAUAAAGGUUUCACUGAGGUGCGAAUGGAACGAGUCCAAUUUUGGCUAAUCAAUCAGUUUAAUUUUUAUUAAACACAAACACAAUUGGUGACUUCUGCACAAUACAAAUGCGAACACUUUCUCCCAUUCUUUAUAUAGAUAUCUACAAGUAUGUCUUUAUCUAUGUCAUCAUCAUUUCUUGUAUUGUGUAAUUUACAUUAUUGUGUAACUGUUGUAACAAAUUAACGCAAAUUCAUCAUACUUAUUUCGUCAUUUGUAUGCCCAACAAAUUGCGGAGCAUGAAAAUCAUCAUAAACUCUUAGAGCAUGUGGAAAUUUAUUAACGCGAUUCUCUUCUUUUUGGUGGGUGUGGUUUUAAGUGACACUGAAUUUUGCGUGAAAACUAAUUACGAGCCAAUCUUCUGGCUCAACGCUUCCCACUGUCCAUUUGGAGUCUUAUUUCCAGAACCUGUCUUUGUGGACUGUUUCUCCACGACGGAGACGGGCGAGAUCUUAGCUGAUGUGUGCUCAAGUACACCCGUCGACGGGAGUUCUACCCCGAUCAAAUUUCAAUACAUCCCUGAAUUCAAUGGAGGACCCAUUGAGGACAAGACGUGCAACACCCUUGAAGCUUGCGGUUCGAAAGGACUGCAUCCUGCAAACUGGACGUCGGCGAUAAGGCCACCAGCUCCUCCCUUCGUGGAGCUGGAAUGGCCAGAGGGGGCGGAGACGGGAGGGAACUAUACGGCGGAUGCCACCGUCUUUAAUCAAACCGAACGGCUAUUCAGACACCUUCUUGGUUUCGUGGAUGCGGACGAAGGCCCCGCGUCCCUCCGCCUCGUUACACUCCUCAAAAAAAGCUUCCAAAUCAUGACAAAGUUUUGUGGCGAGAAGAAAUUUGUUCCUCCUGAGUUUGGCCAGGAUGUGGAACAGGGCUUUCUCUUUCUUCUGGCCGAAUCUAUAUGGUCAAAACUAGUGGACAUUCCCCUGGAGGACUUUCGUAGAGUCGACACUGCGCUCAAUCACUGCUUGAACCAGAAAAAACCCUUCAGGUUCCUGGGAUCCAGUUGUAAGCGUUUUCCAAUGAUUAACGCAAUCAACUACACUCGCACUGGAGAGUUGAUCCCUUAUAAAUUCGACGAGUUUUCCUGGACACCGGACAAGUACGACAUUGCCGCGGACGUGUCCUGGACGGCGAUGGACUUUGUUCACGGCUUGUGUUAUGGUACAUUUAAAGAACAUGUCAACAGCCAUCACCUGUACCAACAAGCCAUGGAACGCCUCUUUCUUCCAGAAAUCAUUUACCGAUGGGACAAACCCAUACGCCUGGCUCGACAAACCGUGUGGGAUAAUUUUUUCUCUGCCAACGUACGAAGUGCCAUUAGAAAUUUAGAACAUUGUGUUCAAGCUGCUUAUUAUGACGCUCCAUUCCUCCAUCGACUGGAGAGAAUGCUGCUCAAAUUUACAGGAGGGUCCUCCAACGCCACCGACUCUACCAGGAAACGCAGAAGAAGACGAGGGACCUCCAUCCUUCCGAAAUACGAGCAAGUGCAAUUCUACUGCUUUAAUGACGCCACAGAACGAGACGAAACAUUGGAGCAAGUGAAAACCAGCUCCUGCAACUCUGCAUAAUAAAUAAAUUCUUAUAAAUAUAAAUGAUGAGUAAAGUUGAGCAUUUCAUAAAA